AACACAGCUCAGAGCAGACAGAGAGAUAAGCAACACCGCAGUGCACACCUUACACACCGUCUGAUCAUAUACAUAACGUUCAAACUUAGAACUUCUUCCUUUGCUUCAUUUCUCACUCAAUCUCCAACCAUUCUCUUUCUCUGAGCUUUUUUAUUAAAAGAAGCUUAAAGCUCUUCACCUUUUUCUCACUUUAACUCCUCUUACAAAAAAGUAGAGAUGCUACCAACAAGAGCUAACAACACUCACAACGUUCCUUGGAUGGAACCCCAACACGAAGAAGAGAAAGCAUGGACCAGAACUAACAUUAAUAACGAUGACAACACUAAUCACCACAGAAACGACGUCGUUAUGGAUGCUGCUGCUCUUCUCUCCUUCAAAUCCAUGCUGGAAGUGGAAGGUGACUGGUACAUGAACCCGCCUCACCAGGACCUUCUCCAAAACGACGCGUCGUUUCUGAUGGAGCCUUUAGAUUCCUCUUCUUCUGCACCCUCCUUCACUCUCGACCCAACUAAACCGUCCUUCCCUUCUUUCUUCAAUGUUAAUGCCAACAACCCCUUCGACAAUGCCUUCGAUUUGGGUUCUAAUAGCGGUUUCCUCGCUCCGUUUCCUUCUUCCAGUUCCCCUGUUCUCUUCUUGCCCCUCGAACUGAGUUCGAACCCCGAGUUCGCGGCAACUCGUGCUGCCCAACUCAGUGCCGGCGAGUUUCCUCAAGAGGGAGCUUUCGGCGCUUCGGACGUUCCGUUGUUGAGCACGGCUAAGGUUCUGAGGCCACUCGAGGAGGUUCCUCCGGUGGCUGCGCCGCCUACUCUGUUUCAAAAGCGGGCCGCGCUCCAUGGCGGUCACAGCGGGGCCGGGAAGUUGGGGGAAUUGGAGGUUUCGGUGCCACGGUGGUUCGGAUUGGAGAGGAAGAGUGGUAAAGAAGGAGAGGUUGAGGAAGGGUUGAAUUAUGAGUCUGAUGAGGUUGUAAAGUUGGAGGAGAAUGGGGGCAAUAAUUUGAAUGCAAACAACAAUGAUAAUGAUAAUUGUGUUAAUAAUAAUAAGAAGAAGAAGAAUAAUAAUGGUGUCGAUGGUGGAGAACAGAAGGGGAAGAAGAAGGGGUUGCCAGCGAAGAAUCUCAUGGCUGAGAGGCGGCGUAGGAAGAAGCUCAAUGAUAGGUUGUACAUGCUUAGGUCUGUUGUGCCAAAGAUUAGCAAGAUGGACAGGGCUUCAAUACUUGGGGAUGCAAUUGACUACUUGAAGGAGUUACUUCAGCGGAUUAAUGAGCUUCAUAAUGAGCUAGAGUCAAGCUCGCCUAGCUCAUCGCUUCCACCUGUGACGCCCACCCUGCCGAUCCUUCCCUGCCGGGUGAAGGAAGAACUGUGUCUGAGCUCUUUGCCAAGCCCAAAACACCAAUCAGCAAAGGUGGAGGUUAAGGUAAGGGAAGGGAGAGCUGUCAAUAUCCACAUGUUUUGUGGCCGCAGACCAGGUCUUUUGCUUUCCACCAUGAGGGCAUUGGAUAACCUCGGAUUGGAUGUUCAGCAGGCUGUUCUCAGCUGUUUCAAUGGUUUUGCUUUAGACGUGUUUAGAGCUGAGCAAUGCAGAGGUCAGGAUGUCCUCCCUGAGAAAAUUAAAGCAGUGCUGUUGGACACAGCAGGUUCCCAUGGUAUGAUUUGAUUGAAGUUCUUGACAAAUGCUAUCCCAAUAGUGGUACUAACUGUAGUUGCUGUAGCAUGCAGUUUGUAAACGCCAUUGCUUAUUCUUGUCUGGAAAGCUGUGUCCAGGCCAAGAUGAAACGAGUUAGCUAAUAUCUAGGUUGAGGAGAAAGCUCCUGUAUUUUUCUGAAUUUGAGCAAACUUAUGUGUAUUGAUAACCAGUCAUGGAAUAAAUUGUUUUAUUUUCAUUCUAAUUUAGUUCUU